AAAUUAAAGUGGUGAAAUGAAUUAUGAUCAAAAAGUAAAAUUAUUUUUUUGGGUGUCCUUGACCUCGACGACCCAAAAACCAGUUGAGUCGCUGCACGGGGCAACAAAGAAACAAGAAUCCAUGAAAUUCCAGUUACCCACCCUCACACUGAAGGACUCUGGUGACUGGUCUUCCAAGUUGGCUCCUAAUUCUGAACUCAGUUCCCUUCAUCUCCUCUUCAAUUUCUCACCCCCUUCGAUUCUACUGCAAUCUCUCAACUUCAAGGGUUUUGUAAAAAACUUUAAUGGAGGAUACGAACGCCGCAACCCUAAAACCGGGGCGACUCCUACAGCAAUUUCCAUCUCAUGUGGAUUCUACUGACAUCUCCUUAACCGCUCGAACCUUAUGCGAAAUCCUCACUCGCUCGUCUCCCACCGCCAUUGAAACCGCUCUCUCCUCCACCGGAAUCUCGCCUUCUACCGAUCUCGUGUGCGAGGUGCUGAAAUACUGCUACCAUUACCCGUCCUCCGCGGUGAAGUUCUUCCGCUGGGCCGGGCAGCAGGGGACCAAGCACUCCACGCCGGCGUGGAACCUCAUGGUUGACUUGCUAGGCAAGAACCAGCUCUUUGAUCCGAUGUGGGACGCGGUGAGGUCGAUGAAGCAAGAAGGCGUGCUGUCCAUCACCACUUUCGUGUCGAUUUUCGGGAGUUAUUGCAAUGUGGGGAGGUUCGAGGAGGCGGUGAUGAGUUUUAACGUGAUGGAUAGGUAUGGGAUUGAGAAGGAUGUGAUCGCUGUGAAUUCAUUGCUUAGUGCGAUUUGUAAUGAAGACAAUCAGACUGCGAAGGCGGUGGAGUUCUUCGAGCAGGUCAAGGCAAAGAUACCGGUGGAUGGGGAUACUUUCGCGAUUUUGUUGGAAGGGUGGGAGAAAGAAGGCAAUGUGGCCGAGGCGACUAGGACUUUUGGCGAGAUGGUGAUUAGUGUCGGGUGGAGCCCUCAGAAUAUGUCUGCUUAUGACACCUUCUUGAAUACGCUCGUGAGUGGUUCGCAGGUUGAUGAGGCGAUCAAGUUUCUUCAACUCAUGAAGAAGAAUAACUGCUUUCCAGGUUUGAGAUUCUUUUCCACUGCUCUUGUUAUUCUUAUUAAGCAGAACAAUCCGCGCAACGCAAUGGCGUUGUGGGAUACCAUGGUGGGUAAUGGAUUGGUACCAAACUUGACAAUGUACAAUACCAUGAUUGGCUUGCUCUGCGACAAUGAUGAUUUGGACAAUGCAAUUCGGCUCUUGGAUCAGAUGCCCUUCAAUGGUGUUUUUGCUGAUUCUUUAACUUAUAACAUGAUUUUUAAAUGUCUGAUUAAAAGCAAGAAGGUUCGCGAAGUGAGUAACUUCUUUCGCGAGAUGAUCAAGAAUGAAUGGCAUCCUACGCAUUCUAAUUGUGCGAUGGCCAUAUCGAUGCUUUUUCAAGGCUAUGACCCCGAAGCAGCCAUUGAGAUAUGGAACUAUGCGACCGAGAACAAUAUCACACCUCUUGAUGCGAGCGCGAAUGCUUUGCUCCUUGGUCUUUGUAACCUAGGUAGGUUCUCAGACUUAAGGAGGUAUGGCGAUGAGGUGCUUGAUAGAAGACUCAGUAUAUAUGAAUCAACAAUGGAAGAUUUGAAGAAAACUUCCUAUAAGGAGGGUAGAGCUGCAAGAGAUAAAUUUGAGAGUCUUUCAAGAAGGUGGAAAGCUCGCUAGAAUUCGUGGUGUAAAUUUCUUCUUCUUUUGAUCUGGUAUUUACUUUGUUUUUAGAGUAAUGUUUAAGUAAUUGGAUGUCCUUGAAUGCAAGCACCUUUUCUUACUCUGUUUAUAGAUAAAUAAUCUACCUACUGAUGUCUCAUAACCCUGAUAUGAUAUCCUUGCAUCAGACAAUCUUCUACUGAAAUAGCUGUCUUACCUUUUUCACCUUCUUCAUCUCUCUCUCUCUCUCGCCCCUUCCAUCUCUCUUUGGGCCAUUCUCUUGUUUGUUUUAAGUUCUUAUAGUUAAAUAUUUUCCCAGCUGGUUAUGAUCGGCUUA